AUGUGGAUUAUCAACUGGUUCUAUGAUGUCCUUUCGAGCCUUGGGCUGCUCAACAAGCACGCCAAGCUGCUCUUCCUCGGACUCGACAACGCCGGAAAGACGACGCUAUUACACAUGCUGAAGAACGACCGAGUUGCCAUUCUUCAACCCACUCUUCAUCCCACCUCUGAGGAACUUGCCAUCGGAAAUGUGCGAUUUACCACUUUCGAUCUUGGUGGCCAUCAACAGGCUCGUCGUCUUUGGAAAGACUACUUCCCCGAAGUGAACGGCAUCGUUUUCCUCGUCGACGCCAAGGAUCACGAUCGAUUCCCCGAAGCCAAGGCUGAACUCGACGCCCUACUCUCCAUGGAGGAGCUCUCCAAGGUUCCCUUUGUCGUCCUCGGCAACAAGAUCGACCACCCCGAUGCCAUCUCUGAGGAUGAGCUCCGCCACCAGCUUGGCCUCUACCAAACUACUGGCAAGGGCAAGGUUCCCCUUGAGGGAAUCAGGCCCAUCGAGGUCUUCAUGUGCUCCGUCGUCAUGCGACAGGGCUAUGGUGAUGGUAUAAGGUGGCUCUCCCAGUACGUCUAA